AUGAUUUUCGGAGCUACCAGCAGGAUCGCCGCGAGAAGAGCGUUUACCGUUAGCGCAAGACAGUCCGGCGCGCACUUCAAGGAGGGCGUGUACUCGAACAUCCCAGUGAAGGUGCGCAACAGAAGAAUCCCUUUCGCCGUGAUCCACUUCGGCUACUUCACACUGGGGUUCCUGGUGCCCUUCAUCUCGUCGUACGUGCAGCUGAAGAAGUCGGGCGUGUUGUAA